AUGCGAGACUUCCGAUUUUACCAGUGGCCGAUGCUCGCAGGGCUGCCAGCGAGGGCUUCUGCGAGUGCAGACGAAUAUUCAAGCAUCGUGUACUACGGUGGAUCCUCAGCCGAAUUCGCUGAUAUGGGAAGCGCAGAAGGGAAAUUUGGUGAAUGCGCUCUGCAACCGCGAGCCGCCACAGCAAGGUACAACUCGUACGCAGUCUCCGACGCCAUCGACGACUUCGGCACUCUCCAUCACUGUAACCGUUUCCGCCUCUUCUACCACUUCUUCGAAAACGCCGUCACUCACUCAAACGAUGUCCUCAGCCACAACGACGACCGCACCGACGACCACACCGACGACUACACUGACGACUACGUCGACAACACUGCUCACAGUCAGCUCAACGUCGACCGAGCCCAGCUCUACUGA